GCGUGACGCGAGCGAGAAAGCUCUUGCUUCGCUUAGGCUCACGCUCGCAUCGCACCCCUCGCCAAGAACGUCAUGGCGACGAUGACGACGACCGUGACGGAGACGGCGACGGUGGCGCGGCGGCGGCGCCGGGGAGGGAUGUGCUGCGGGCACGCGGCCAGGGUGGAUGGCUGUGCCGUCGAGGAGGAGGAGGGGAUCAUGGCGCUGUCGGCUUCGUGCUCGGCGCCGGGGAAGAAGGUGGGCGAUGCUCCUGCUCCGGCGAGGGGGCUGCCGCGGCUGGUGCGGUUCGAGGAGUUGCCCGACUUCUUGAAGGACAACGAGUUCAUCCGCGGGCACUACCGCUCCGAGUGGUCCGUCCGCGACGCGCUGCGCAGCGCCUUCGCCUGGCACAACGAGACCCUCAACGUCUGGACCCAUCUGGGAGGCUUCUUCCUGUUCCUGUGGCUCGCCGUCGCCGGUGGGGCGGAGCGGGCUGCCACCGCCACCGCCGCCGCCGCGCCGGGGAGCAUGACGUUCUUGGUGGCGUCAUCAGCCAACGCGUCGUGGGAGACCAACUCCACGAGAUUGGUGGGGAAGGAUUUGCUGGCGUUGGCCGGCGGCGAUGCGGUGGCGAGGUGGCCGCGGACGGUGUUCCUGGCGGGCGCCAUGACGUGCCUGGCGGUGAGCGCGACGGCGCACCUCCUGGCGUGCCACUCCCGCAGGUUCAGCCGCCUCUUCUGGCAGCUUGACUACGCCGGCAUCGCCGUCAUGAUCGUGGCUUCGUUCUUCCCGCCGGUGUACUACGCGUUCCUCGGCCAGGCGGCGGCGCAGGUGGGGUACCUGUCGGCGAUCACCGCGCUGGGCCUGCUGGUGGUGGCGGCGCUGCUGGCGCCGGCGCGGUCGUCGCCGAGGCUGCGCGGCCUCCGCGCGGGGCUGUUCGUGUCCAUGGGGCUCUCCGGCGUGGUGCCGGCGCUGCACGCGCUGUGGCUCAACUGGGGCCACCGGGAGUGCUACGUGGCGCUGUCGCUGGAGCUGGCGAUGGGGCUCGUGUACGCCGCCGGGGCCGGGUUCUACGUGGCGCGCGUGCCGGAGCGGUGGCGGCCGGGGACGUUCGACUGCGUCGGGCACAGCCACCAGAUCUUCCACGUGCUCGUGCUCGCCGGCGCGCUCACGCACUACGCCGCCACCGGGAUCCUCAUCAGCUGGCGCGAGGCCGAGGCGGCGGCCGCAUUUUUGUGACUGACUUCCGUGGGGAUGUGUAAUGUGAUGUGUUGUGCAUGUAGGCGAAGGGUGUUGUGUCAUUGGGUUAUUGCUUCAAUCUUUGUGUAUGUAGGACACAUGAUUCUUUAGACUCUUGACAUAUCAGAAGUUCGUUGUUGCCAAUCCAUACAUCUACGUGAGGAUGUGAAACUGUGAAUGUUACUACGAGAUUGCUUGAACAGUAAAGCAUUUGAGGGCAUGAGGUUGAAUUCCA